GCUUGAUAUGUGUCCUUCUUUCGAGGCAGGACUUAAUUUUGCUAAAUUGAAAACACAUCUGUGAAUAGUGACACAUCUGCAGAUAAACCUGUAUUUACCUGAAUAUACCUGGAGUCCAGCGAUGAAGGACAAAUGGUCUUCAUGCUCUUGUUUCAUACUCUUGCUAUUCCAACAUGCCAGUGUAUCCAGACCAGAAAAGUUUGAGCUUCUUCUUGGUCCAUCAGACCCUGUUGUGGUUGUAGCUGGUGACGAUGUGGUUCUGCCCUGUUUUCUCAAGCCCAGUAUCAGUGCUGUAGACAUGGAGGUCAGGUGGUUCAGAAAGGACUUCACAGAGUAUGUGUAUCUAUACCAAAAUGCUCAGACUAUUACUACAAAUCAGAUCCCAUCUUACAAGGAAAGGGCAGCGCUGUUCCCAGAAGAACUGACAAAAGGAAAUGUUUCAUUAAAGCUGACAGGAGUAAAAAGUUCAGAUGGAGGCCGGUAUAAAUGCUUUGUUCAGUCUACAGAAUCGCACGAUGAUUGGUCCAUUGAUGUAAUUAUCAUGGGAACCAAGUCAUUGAUCUCCAUUGAAAGAUAUAGAGAUAGAGGAAUCAGUUUUAAGUAUGAACUUAAAACCUGGUAUCCUGAUGCUGAAGUUACCUGGUUGGAUAGUGAAGGUCAAAAUCUCACUGCUGAAUAUUCAGAGACACACAGAAGCACAGAUGGUUCUCUCAGUCUGAGAGGACGUGUCAUUGUACAGGAGAGACACCGUAACAGGUUCACCUCUCGAGUUCUGCAGAAGCAGCUUGGUCUACUGAGAGAGGAGGUCGUUGAAAUACCUGCUCAGCUCCUGGAAAUGGAUGCUCACCUCCUGGAAAUGGACGCUCAGCUCUGGGAAACAGACGAUCAGUUGCGGAAAACACGAGUACAACAACCUCCUCUGUGUUGUCCAACAGCUCAGCUCCUAGACAUACAAGAUCACCUCCCAAAAAUACUAGACUUUGAAGAAAACCGAAAAAAUGCAGUUGAUGUCACCCUAGAUCCUGACCAACCUGAGGUGAUCAUCUCUGAGGAUGGGAAAGAAGUCACAUGUAGAGACAAUAAGCAGAAUCACUCCAGCAACCUACAGAGAUUGGAUGACUUCUGCUUUUAUGACUUAUGGCUUGAUUUAAACCGGUUAGGUGUUCUGGGGAAGGAGGGGUUUACCUCAGGUAGACAUUACUGGGAGGUGAUGGUUGGGAAGAAGACUGAAUGGGCAUUAGGGGUUGUAGCGGUCACAAAUGGGAAGAAAUUUGAAUUUUCCUGGGGUAUAGGCUUGAGUAAAGGUAGUUAUCAGACUUUCGGUAAACACUGCAUUAACCUCUAUGUGGAAGAAAAACCUGAGAAGGUGGGGAUAUUUGUGGAUUAUGGAGAGGGGCAAGUCUCCUUUUACAAUGUGGGGGCAAAGUCUUAUAUUUACUCUUUCUUUGAGUUGAAAUUCAAAAAGGAGAUCUAUCCAUUUUUCAUACCCUCAUUCCAGUGGGAUGAGGACAAUUCAGCCCCACUGAUCAUAACUCCUGUUCACGACAAUGAAUGAUUUUUGUUUCCUGCUUAUUUUCCAGAGUUCCGAUUUAGGCAAAGUAUAUUUCAGUUGCUCAGUUUCUAUUUAGUGCAGUAAGUGUAGAUAAAAUCAUCGUGCCAUGAAAAAUAAAUGGUGAGCAUGGAGUUCAGUGGGUUAAAUGUGUUCUCUCACAGUUCCUGAAUAAUCGAUGCAUUUAGAAUGUGGUUAGAGAUAUUAAUAUGUACAUUACUGAAGACACUAGAUCAGACCUGGGCAUUUUACGGCCCGCUGACUACCCUUAACCAGCCCGCGUGAGUUCGUAGUAAAAGUGUAGGGACACCUACUACUUUGUGAUAGGUGCACGAAGUACAAUUACACGGCUUUUAUUUCGAAGACAACUAUUGGGUGCGUUCGACUUGGGGUGCGUUCGACUUCAUGCAGCCUGUGACGGCCCGAACUGCGAUCCUGACCUGAUCUGCGAACGCAUGCACACACUGGUUUUCCGUGAAAGUCACUAUUUGAUCUGUACACUGCUAACAAUGAUUCUUGCAGGGAACAUUGCAAACUUAAUAGACAUAUGUUAAAAAUACUUAAAGUGAGGAGUAAUGCAAAAACUGGCAACCAGUAUCCAUCUUUAAAAAGAAACUAAACAAAAACAUUUCAAUAGGACAAAAUAUUUCUUCCCCUGGUACUUCAUUGACAAACUCUUUUCCUUGGUCUGUUAUGAUAUUACUGACAAGACCAAAUGUGUACAGCUUUCCGAUUAUAGCCGCAGAAACUUUUAUUUUAUUUAUUGCGUCUUGCAGUUUCACAAAGUGGGCCAAUGAGGUCCAAGCCCAGAACUGUCCAGGCUUCUUUAACAUGUUGAAAUAUUAUUUAUUAGUCAUAUGAAUAAACUAGUGUGCGCAUGCGUUCGCAGAUCGGGCCAGGAUUGCAGUUUGGGCAGCCACACGCACCAUUAAUAGGCCAAAUGACAGCAACAGGAAACAGCUGGUAAACACUGGGAAUCCACACAUGGUUAACGAGGGGGCGUGGCACACAGAAGGAGCGUACGAUUGGGGUAGGACAGAUGUGCAUAUAUAUGGAGGGAUUAUUCGGACUUUAUUGAAAAAAUAAAUAUGUGGAUGGAUAAUUAAAU